ACAUCUUGAAGAUUACGAAUUACGAAGUAAUAAAUACUUAGAAACUUUUUGAAUUAAAGUCCAAAUAUAAUAUUUAGUUAAAUCACAUUUAUAUUCUACAUGGAUUUAAACCAUUGCUAUUAUUGAUUUCUGAAAGUUGACCUUCAAAUGCCCCUUUCUUAGGGAUGUAGGAUGUUCCAUUAGUUAUUACGAAAUUCAACUGAACGUUGUACGUUCCUAUGUGACUAGAAGUCAUUUGCCGUUUGACAAGAAAACUCGGCCAAGGUCAGAAUCAUUAUAAGAAUGAUAAAAAGUGUGAAAUUUUUUAUUAUUGUAAAAGAUUAAGUGAUAUAGACAAAUAUUACGUGUGCCUAUCUACAGAAUUAUCGUACUUAAAAUCAAAUAAUUUGAUAGUUCAUUAUAAAGGGUGAAAUAGUCCAAGUAACCUACACGUGACACAAUGGUUGAAAAACAAUCAUUACAACAAGUUAUUAAGUCUUUACAACUACCAGCAGUUGUGGCAUUUGGUAAUCCACUUUUAGAUGUUGUCGUAACUAUUCGUGAUGCUAAUCUUUUGGAGAAAUACAAGCUUCAAGUGGACAAUGAAGUUGAACUGCCUGAAGAAAUAAUUCAGCAAAUUUUGGCUGAUUUGCCAACCGAUUGGGAUCAAAGAGUUGCUGCAGGAGGAUGUGCUCAAAAUACGGCUCGAAUACUCCAAUGGCUUUGCGGUGGUCAAAAGGUACCUCACGUUGUCAUAUUUUGUGGAGGAAAAGGAGAUGACUCUAGAGGAGCAACUCUAGAAAAAUUGGUUAAAGCAUCUGGAGUAGAAACAAGAUAUGCUGUCCAUACUGAUCUCCCAACCGGCAUUGCUCUCUCAUUAUCAAGAGACUCAUCGCGAAGCCUUGUUGCUAAUUUGGGAGCAGCAGGUGUUUUCACUCUGUCUGACUUACAAAAAAGUAACCUUCCGUUGGAUAACUUAAAAAUUAUAUACAUAGAAGGUUUCUUUUUAACUCACGGUUUGGAUGUUGCCAAAGAGGUUGUUAAACUGACUCAGGAUAAAAAUGUUAUUAUAGCUUUUAAUAUUAAUGGAGAGUAUAUGGUUCAGGAUUAUCAUGCAGCUGUUUGUGAAAUGGUUGGCUUAUCAAAGAUAGUAUUUGGCAAUGCCCGGGAAAUGACGGCAUUAGCAAAGGCUCUUAACUUGAAAUUUGAUAAUGUUGCUGAUAUUCCGUUCCUCUUAAACAGUUCAAAGAGAGUGACUGUUGGUGUAUCAAGUGCUGCUUGUUCCAGUGAUGAUUGGUUGAUAGAUAAUGAUAUUUUCGUUAUGACUCAAGGUGGGUCAGCACCUGCUAUUGUAGUCUGGGGCCAAGGUCAUUCUGCACAGGUUCAACCUACAAAACCAAAGACAAUAGUUGAUGCCACUGGUGCUGGUGAUGCUUUAGUAGCUGGAUUUUUAGCAGGUGUUUUGUGCCAUUGGGAUCCUAAAUCGUGCUUAGAGUGUGGAUGUAAAACAGCUGGAAUGAUGGUCGGAAGAUUAGGUGUUACAUUGCCUGAGACCGUGCCUGAUGAUUUGUUAAAUUAAAUGCUUAAAAUAGAAAAUUGGAGUAGCUAUGAAGAUUCGAUAAUAUAAAAAGCGACUGGGUUAGUCAAUGUGUUGUGUUAAAAAUUUUUGUUCGAAAAUAGUCAAUACGACGUGCUUUUUCCAAGUACAAAUAAAGUAUUAUCAAAAGUUAUAUCUUAAAAUGAUAAAAGUGCACUCAUUUACUUAUUAAAAGAAUAACAUGUA